AUUCAAAAAGCUUAGUUCUUUUUUCUCUCUCUAAAAAACAAAAUUCAAUUUUUGUUUCUCUUCUCCACACCCAAGUGAAGUCAUACUCUACUCUUUCCCUCUUUUCCUUUUCCAUCAUAAUUACCCUCUGCACUCUUCUGUCAAAACCCUAAAUUUUCAAAUCCAUGCUUUUCUUUUCUUAAUGCGCUACACCUAUCACUUCACUACUUUUCUCUUUUUUCUCAUUCUCCUGCAUUUCCCUCUCUCAUGGCGUUUCAAUGUUGUUUCUGUUUCACCUAAAAAAACCCUUCCUUUUUACUCCUCUCAAAUUUAACAUUCAAAUCUCAUUUAUAUUUUUGAUUUUCUAGUUGAACAACAAAAAAAAAACAACCUUUUUUUGCAACAUUCACUUGACAAAAUCUAUUGAAUUGAACAUCUAGAGCUACUAGGUUUUAGAUCCCUUUUUGUCUUCUCUGCGUAUUGUUAAAAAUCCAGUCUUUUCAUAACUAUCUAAUGUUUUGUAUACGAAUUCUUAGUUGAAGAGGAAAAAUUAGUCUAUCUAUCACAAUUUAGAAUUUUUUUUUAGUCUUAGUUAAUGCAUGGAUGAAAGAGAAGCUAUGGCAUUCUCUGAUGGGUCUGGUUCAUAUUAUAUGCAUAGAGGAGGAGGGGUUGGUGGAGUGUUCCAACAAACUCCUUCUGGGUUUAGAGCUUUGCCUAGUAAUGCUCAUGGUGGUUCUGAUGGUUCUACAUAUUCAGUGGAGCCUCAGCAUGAUAGUUUUAGUCGCGGUGGUGUUAGUAACAGCAUAGGUUCAUCUCCUGGUGCUUUAGUGCCUUAUUCAGGAGAGCAGUCUGUGAAAAAGAAAAGAGGGAGACCUAGGAAGUAUGGUCCUGAUGUACCUGUUUCUUUGAGACUCUCUUCUCCUAUGCCGGCCACUGACAAUUCCACAUCUCCUUCGGAGAAACGGCCGAGAGGACGUCCACGCGGAAGUGGAAGGAAACAACAACUAGCUGCUCUAGGCGAAUGGAUGAACAACUCUGCCGGCCAGGCUUUUUCACCACAUGUUAUCACCAUUGGAGUUCAGGAGGACAUUGUAGCAAAGUUACUGGCAUUUUCACAACACAGACAACGUGCUUUAUGCAUCAUGUCGGGAACCGGGACUGUAUCUUCAGUCACUCUGCGCCAGCCUGCUUCUACGACUAUCAGCGUUGCAUUUGAGGGGCGAUUCCAAAUAUUAUGCUUAUCUGGCUCUUACUUGGUUGCUGAAGACGGUGGACCUCAAAAUAGAACUGGUGGCAUUAGUGUUUCCCUUUCUAGUCCGGACGGUCAUGUUAUUGGCGGCGGUGUUGCGAGGCUUGUUGCUGCAAGCCCUGUCCAGGUGGUUGUUUGCAGUUUCGUAUACGGCGGCUCUAAGGCGAAGACAACAAAGCAAGGGGAUGGGUCUGAGCCUCAGAGUAGUGACCAGUUAGCUUCUCCAGGAAGUGAACCAUCUAAUCAAAACUAUACAGCUUCUGGAACAGGAACAAUGUGGCUUGGAUCGAGGCCAGGUGAUGUGAAAAGUGAACAUCCACACACUGGUAUUGACUUGAUGCAUGGGUGAAAGUUAUUCCGGAAGAAGAUGUAUGUUGUAAUUAUAUUUAUCUGUUGUUGUAAAUGUACUUAAUUUGUGAGCAUGUGUCACAAGUUAGCACUAACUUAUGUUGUAACAAAUGAAACAGUUUAGGGUAAGUAACAAUCUUGACUUGUGCAGAGAAAAGAAAGUUUAGGUGAAAUAGAGGCCAGUUCUUUCUUAUCUUUACCUCAUUGUUUAUUUAUCAAACUAAUCUUUGGUUUCAUUCUAUCCAUUAGAGCUCUUAUUCAA